CAGCGCUGGCGGCAGAGCUCUCCACCAUGAAUCCAGAAGAACAGAUUGUAACAUGGCUUAUUUCACUAGGAGUCUUAAAUUCCCCUAAGAAAAUAGUGGAUGAUCCGGAGGGGUUCCUGAAAACUUCUCUGAAAGAUGGAACUGUGCUUUGUAAACUCAUUAAUCGGCUUCUUCCGGGAUCUGCAGAAAAGUAUUGCCUGGAGCCUAAAAAUGAAGCUGAUUGCAUCAGUAAUAUUCAAGAGUUCUUGAAAGGCUGCGCACUUCUGAAAGUGGAGGUGUUUGAUCCACAUGAUUUGUACACUGGAGAUCAGUUCUCCAAGGUCCUGAGCACAUUAACAGCUGUAAAUAAGGCUACUGAAGAUCAGCUGUCAAAAGGGCCAUGUUCACAUCUGUCGUCUCUUAACUCCACGGCUGGAGACUCCCAGAGUGACUCCAACGGCACAACUUCCCAGUCAGCAAGAGUGUUACGGAGGCAGUCCAAGCCUGUGGAGAUGACUGAGAAUGGCAAUCACCAGCUGGUGGUAAAGGCCAGGUUCAAUUUUAAGCAGACCAAUGAGGAUGAGCUCUCUGUUAACAAAGGAGACAUUAUUUAUGUCACUCGAGUUGAAGAAGGGGGCUGGUGGGAAGGCACCUUGAAUGGAAAAACAGGCUGGUUCCCAAGCAACUACGUCAGAGAAAUCAAAUCUACUGAUAAACCACUCUCUCCCAAAGCAUUAAAAGGGCUAGAAAACACUCAGAUGACAAAGAAUUAUUACCCUGUGGUGUUGCAAAAUAUUCUGGAAACAGAACGAGAUUAUGCGAAGGAACUACAGUCACUUCUGGGAACUUACUUAAGACCCCUCCAGUCUUAUGAUAAGCUCAGCACAGGGGACAUCGCGGCGUUGCUGGGAAACAUGGAAGAAAUCUCUGCUUUUCAGCAAACACUGAAUCAAGCCUUGGAAGAAGUUGCAAAGCUCCCUGAGAACCAGCAGCGUGUGGGAGGCUGUUUCAUGAACCUGAUGCCCCAGUUCCGCUCCCUGUACCUGACGUACUGUGCUAACCACCCUUCAGCAGUGAAUGUCCUCACACAGCACAGUGAUGAGCUGGAGAAGUUCAUGGAGAGCCAAGGUGCGGCCAGCCCAGGCAUUCUCAUCCUGACCACAAGCCUCAGCAAACCCUUCCUGAGGCUGGAUAAAUAUGUGACACUGCUGCAGGAGCUGGAGCGGCACAUGGAGGAGGCGCAUGCAGAUCAUGAAGAUGUUUUGAAAGCCGUCACAUCCUUCAAGUCCCUUGUGUCGCAAUGCCAGGAGCUGAGGAAGAGGAAACAACUGGAGCUGCAAAUCCUUUCUGAAUCCAUCCAGCGCUGGGAAGGAGAGGACAUAAAAAUGAUGGGAAACGUCAUCUACAUGUCCCAGGUUAUGGUGCAGUCUGGGGGAAGCGAGGAGAAAGAGGAGCGGUAUUUCUUGUUAUUUUCCAAUGUUUUGCUGAUGCUGUCUGCAAGCCCACGGAUGAGUGGGUUCAUCUAUCAGGGAAAGCUGCCUUUGACAGGAAUGAUGCUGACAAAGCUGGAAGAUGCCGAAGGGAAUGAGCACAUGUUUGAAAUCACAGGGAACAUGAUGGAGCGGAUCACUGUGUCCUGCAGCACCAGCCAGGACUUGCACGAAUGGCUUGACCACUUGCAAAGGCUGACCAAAGGGACAUGCAGCACCGUCUCCAAAACACAGUCCUGGAGCCCACAUUCGACAUUUAGUUCAGCUGGGCAGAUCCGUGGGCCUCUGGAACCCCCCAAAAUCCUCAAGCCCUGGAGCUUGAGCUGCCUCCGUCCUGCUCCUCCACUCAGACCUUCAGCAGCACUGAGUUACAAAGAGAGGAUGUCUUAUAUCUUAAAGGAUUCUAGCAAAAGUCCAAAAACAAUGAAGAAGUUUCUUCCAAAAAGGAAAACUGAGAGAAAACCAUCCGAUGAAGAGUUUGUUAUUCGGAAAAGUACUGCUGCGCUGGAGGAGGAUGCUCAGAUCCUGAAGGUGAUUGAGGCAUACUGUACUGGGGCAGGCUUCCAGCAAGCUCUCAGCUCAGGCUCCCGUAAAGACUCCAUCCCCCAAGUCCUUCUUCCUGAGGAAGAAAAAAUCAUCAUAGAGGAAACACGAAGCAAUGGCCAGACGGUCACAGAGGAAAAAAGCCUUGUUGACACAGUUUAUGCACUGAAAGAUGAAGUCAAAGAGCUGAAGCAGGAAAACAAAAGGAUGAAACAGUGUUUGGAAGAAGAGCUUAAAUCCAGGAAGGACUUGGAGAAGCUGGUGAGAAGGCUGCUGAAACAAACAGAUGAGUGUGGCAGGGAGGACACCGGGCGCAAGUCAUCCCUGAUCGCUUGAAUUCAUGGAGAAGCUGCUGGCAGUGGUGUGUGACCUCAUGUGUAUUUUUGGGAAGUGGAACUGGAUCCUUUGCCUCUUCUUGCUCCUUAUUUUGUGGUUUGGGGUAUUUUGUUACCAAAAAAAAAAAAAAACCAACGACAAAAAAAUCAUAGAGAAAAAAAUAGCUUUUCUUC